CCGCACGCGGAAGCGCGCGGCUGAUGCCGGGCGAGGAGAGCUGAUGGAUAUUCCCAUGUAGCGCCCGCGGGGGCGGUGCUUUCCCGGACGGUCCGGCGGGUCCGAUGGCGGGUGGCAGCGGCAGCGCGGGGGGCGCCGGGACCGGCGGCCGGGCUGUCCCCCGGCUGGACGGGCUGUUCCUGCGGCGGUUCCUGCGGCUGCUGGCCGUGCUCUUCCCCGGGUGGCCCUCCGCGAGCGCCCUCAUGUUUCUGACUCUGCUCGGUGUCGCCUUGCUGGAGCAGCUGGUUAUUUACCAGGUCGGCGUCAUCCCCAGCCAGUACUAUGAGGUCCUAGGGAACAAAGAUUUCUCCGGGUUCAAAACAUUGACUGCCGUUGCCGUGACUCUGAUCAUAGUGAACUCCACGCUAAAAAGCUUCGACCAGUUUAUCUGCAACAUGAUGUACGUGAACUGGAGGAAAUCCCUCACUGAAUACCUCCACAGCUGCUACUUCCAAGGCCAGGUCUACUACAGCCUGCAUGUGCUGCGUGAGGACAUCGAUAAUCCGGACCAGCGCAUCAGCCAGGAUGUGGAGAGGUUCUGCAGGCAGCUCAGCUCCAUGGCCAGCAAGCUCGUCAUCUCACCUUUCACACUGGCCUACUACACACACCAGUGCUUUCACAGCACAGGCUGGCUAGGCCCAGUGAGCAUCUUUGGAUAUUUUGUCAUUGGGACGAUUGCAAACAAACUAUUGAUGAGCCCAAUUGUGUCUAAACUUGUGCAGCAGGAAAAACUGGAGGGCGAUUUCAGGUUCAAGCACAUGCAGAUUCGUGUCAAUGCAGAACCAGCUGCUUUCUACAGGGCUGGGCGAGUGGAGCACAUGCGCACGGACCGGAGGCUGCAGAGCCUGCUGCAGACCCAGAGAGAGCUGAUAGGCAAGGAGCUGUGGCUAUACAUUGGGAUCAACACCUUUGACUAUCUGGGUAGCAUCCUGAGCUACGUGGUCAUUGCCAUUCCCAUUUUUUCUGGGGUCUACAGUGACCUGAGUCCAACAGAGCUCAGUGCCCUUGUCAGCAAGAAUGCUUUUGUUUCCAUCUACCUCAUUGGCUGCUUCAGCCAGCUCAUAGAUCUCUCCAGCACUGUGACCGAUGUAGCUGGCUACACACACAGGAUUGGUGAACUGCAGGAGACCUUGCUGAGCCUUGGCAGAAAAAAAAAUGGUAACUACUCAGAAGCCAAAACGAGCUGGGAUUUGGACGGCAGCCAUUUUGGGGAGGACCCAGCGCCAAGGGACACAGCUUUCCUUCUGGACCAAGUGACGCUUUCGGUGCCAUCCUCUGGCAAGCUGCUCAUCAAGGACUUGAGCCUCAGGAUCUCACAAGGAAACAGUGUGAUGAUUGUGGGAAACACUGGUACAGGGAAGACAUCUCUCCUGAGGGUCCUUGGAGGACUCUGGGAGAGCACGCGGGGGAGCAUCAAGAUGCUGACCUGCUUUGGCCCCCGGGGAGUGGUAUUCCUACCACAGCGGCCCUUCUUCACUGACGGAAGCCUGCGUGAGCAGGUGAUCUAUCCCCUGAAGGAGAUCUAUCCAGUUUCAGCUUUCUCCCCAGGGUCUGCAGAUGAUGAAAGAAUUGUGCGAUUCCUGGAGCUGGCUGGGCUGACUGAUUUGCUGGCAAGGGCUGGAGGACUGGAUGAGCAGGUGGACUGGAAUUGGUAUGACAUCCUGUCUCCAGGGGAGAUGCAGAGACUCUCAUUUGCACGGCUCUUCUACCUCCAGCCAAAAUAUGCGGGUGCUCCUGGGCCCUUACAGCCUCGCUCAUACAAGUGCUCAUACAAGAGUGUCAGUAACAACCAUUAUCACUUGGCCACCAAAGCAGCAGGUCGCUCCUAAAGCCUGGGAGAGCAGAAGCUGGAACAAGGAGUCAUAUGCAUCUCACCAGUUUGCCACCAUGUGUCCACUACUGGGCAUCGUGUCUCGCCAACCACACGGAAGUACCAUUCCCAGGCCUCCUUGUUGAUGGGUUCCCCCACUGCAAGGGGAAAGACAAGGGAGCAGAGCAGAAAAAUCAGGUUCAGGACACAGCUUCCCAUGACCUGCUUGUGGAGCCAUCCCCAAAUAGUGUAGUGUCCUGACUUUGGGGUCUCAUGUUGCUGCUGUUCUUGGCAUUUGUGGGAAGAGGCAGAAUCUGAUGCGCAAGGAUGUGCUGCUCCAGCCCACGCUGCUGCACUUACCUGAGCCAAGCACUUUGAGAGAAGAGCGGUCAUACUUCUUCACCCAUUCAUCACCGUAUCGCAGGAGCAGGCGGAUGGCAGUGGGCGCCCCAUAGAACUGGUUAAUUCUUAACCUCUCUACUGUUUCCCAGUAGCGGCCUGGAAUGGAAACAGGGCCAGUGAGCACCCACGCAUGUCCUCCCAGCCCAACACCAAGAUAAAGAUAGAAGAGGUGAGAACAAAGGCUCUCUAGCAGUGCCAGGACCCUCAGCCAAGUUAAUCCCAUGAUAGGAAGGACUGAAGCUAUUCAGGAGCAGCAGCAGCAGGCCCUUUUCCUCCACAUCACAUAGCUCUGCUACUCUCCCUGCUGCAGGGAGGAGCAGGGAAUAACAGCUCCGCCCCUGGAGAAGCAGCAGUGGCUUCCUAAGCAGAAGAAAAGACUCUUCCCCUGGUAGCUCUCUACUGGGCAUAGCCUGCAGUCUGCUCCUGAGGCAGCAGAGCCAUUGCUGCAUGUGUCCUGGCAUCAGGCUGCCUGCAGGUGUUGCAGGGUGCUGUGGAAUAUCCCAGCUCCCCUGAGAUACCUCACUCACCAGGGUUAGGAUGGACAGGAGUGCUCUCAAAAAGGACUGUGGUGCCACCAUUGCAGAGAGGGCCGUAGACCACAUAGGAAUGCCCCGUGAUCCAGCCAAUGUCUGCCACACAGCCAAAGAUGUCCCUGUCCUGGUAGUCGAACACGUACUAAACAAGAGAAGAGAGGCAGUGAGGGGUAGUGCCAGGGCCUGCCUUCCUCGCAAGGGGGACAACAGGGAGCAGUGUACUCUCUCUCAGCCCUAACAUUACUGCAUCCUUCUAUCUUCCUACCACCCCUGCAGGGACUCUUUCUUCCUGCAGAGUUUUUGAAAACAUCAGAAAAAAAAUAAAAUGCUUUAUGAAGUUGAAGGAUAUAGACACUUAAUAAAAAAAAAAGAACAGCCAAAUUUUCACUUUUCCAAAGGAGAGAGCUACAGCCUUUCCUUCCUUUUGCUGAUGUCUAGACAAGGCUGAUCCAAAUAUCCUGUUGCAUCAAAACAGAACGUUCUGGCUAAGGAAUGUCCCUCUGUACUUACAUGCCUGCAUGGAAGGAGAGGAGUUGUAGGCAAGGGUAAAGUGGUAGAGAACUCCAUGAACCUCUCCUGGGCACUUCUGGGCUCCUGGACAGUAAACACUCAGGAAACACUGAGCUCAUCAAGGAGCCCAGCAUAGGAGCAUCGAGGCAGCAAGCAGAGGGACCAUGUGAUACUUUGGCCCAGAGCAACCCCAACUUGCCUACAAAAAUUGGAACCUCUCCACCUCAGCUGGAUGAGUGCUGUCCUGUGCCUGCAGGCAGGUGGAAAUCAGAACAAGCUCUUCUUCCCACUGCCCCAUUUAUUCCUUGGGAGACCCUUGGCUGCAAGGCCGGAAUAUGAAGGAAGGAUGCCUACCCUGUGCAGGGCAGAACUGAGUGCUGUCAGAUUGGCAGCGACACACCCAGUUUCCUUAAGCACUCUCCUUCAUUUCAUUUUCUUAGUGCCAGGAAAACUUCCUAGGGGCUGGUCUCCCAGUAGCCCACCACUUCUUGCUUUCUGCUCUGACUUGUGCGGUUUCAGACUUUCCUGUCUCUUCCUGCAGCUCCCUGCUGCAGGCUGCCAGCUGGGGACUCUAGGGCCCCAAGUGUUCCAUAAUGCUCAUAAUGGAAGCUUCCCCUGCUUCACCUGUCUUUUUUUAGCAGAGCAGUGAGUUAUGGUAGCAGCAGUCUGCCCCAUCAAACUGAGGGAUCUGUUUCCAGAUUUCCAGUGCUCCUGAGAGCUAACAUGGCCACGUGCUGCUCACCCUUUGCAUUGCCAUUCUGGUUUGGCAGCCCUGGCUCUCACAAACCUACUCUGAUGGUCUCAAGUGGGUCACUUAUUGUGCUGGGCAAAGCUUAGCUCACAGGGAAAUCAAGGGCUUCCACACACCCCGGGAAGUAUGGUCUUCAGCAUUCACAACUAACAGAGAAGACCCAGCCAGCCCUGAGCUUGCUUAGUCACAGCGUGCAUGGUCUGAGGCACUGCUGGAAAGGCAGUCAUGCACAGAGAGAGCCAGACCCAAAAUUAAGGGACUGUUCAGUUAGGAACUCCCUCGUACACAGAACCCCAUAUAAUUUCAUAGGAAUGCCCCUUGCAACCAUUCCUGUGUCCACACGCAUCUCUGUGCUCAUUGCCCUUUUAUCCAGCUUGGUUAGAGUUUGGUUUUGGCACGUGUCAUGGUUAAAGGCUUUCCUCCUACCAAAGAUGACCCACACUCUUCAGGUAUAGGUCCUUUUUUAUGAGGGCACUCACCAGCUUUUACAGAUGUUGUUAAAUGUGCCCCUUCCAGAAGCACUGCCUUCAAUCUUCCACAUGAGUUGGGGUACUUACACUUAGGAAAAGCAAGCCACAGUUUUUAAGGAGCAAAUGGAUUCUUCCCCCUCACACAGUUGUGAUAGUUUCAGUCUAGGCCUUCCUGGAGACCAGCUUGUAACCAGGAAGGAGCUAGGGAAGUGACCAAGGAAGUAUUCCAUGCUAUUCCUUUACAUAAACUGAGGUAUAAAUAAAGGUGGUCAGAGAGACCUCACUCUCUCUUCUUCCAGUGAGGUUUGGGAACGGUAGAUCCUUGUCUCGGUCUUGCUUAUCUGGAGCUGAGGCCUGCAGUGACUGUUGUUGUGUACCAUGCGUGAGGGGAGAGUGCUGGGCUGCGUCCGGCUGUCCUGCUUUUCUCAAGGGAAGUGGUGAGAUUCUGUUAGUUCUUUAUUUUGUCAGUACUGGGUUUUUCGAUUGUGCAUACCUGUUUUGUUUUCGUCCACUUUUGUCCAUUUUUGUCCUUUUUUCCCUUUUCCCUUCCCCUCUUUCCCUUUUGGGAGCAAUUUGGGGUUUCUGUGUUCAUAUGUACAUAGCACCUUAAUUGUAUAUCUGUAAUAUAUGUAAAAUAUAUAUUUUAUAUAGCUUUUGCUAUUCA